AGGCGGUGACCUAAUUCAAGUGAUGCUUCAUUUGUCGGUGUUAGGGCCGUUUAAACAGCGAUAGCAUCGUAUGAAUCAUGAUCUAUUUGUAAAUAAUCUUCCGAUAACUGAAUCCUCCCGUCUUGGAAGAUAGAUCAGCAAAAAAAAGUUUUAAGAGGAAUAAAAACAUGGCGGAAAAAGAAGCCUCCAACGACCACGAUACGACAGAUAAUCCGAUAAAAGGCAUACUAAAGCGAAAAAAGAAGGAAGAAGAAAAAGAUGAAAAUCCAAUAAGAUCGAUUCUCAAAAAAUCAAGAGCGUCAAGUGGAGAUGACAAGGAUACAAGCGCUCCACAACCCCGGAGUAUUCUUAAAAAGAAAUCUGACAAUGCAACACCAGAGUCGAAGAGCACUGAAGAUGAAUCAAAUAGUAAAAUCUCGCCGAUAAAAGUAAAGGUUGAAAAAGAUUCCCUUUCUGAGACGACCCCAAAAUCAGAGGGAGGGAGACCUAGAAAGAGCCGGACCAAGGGAGAGAAAUCAUCACCCCUCCCGACAGCUCCUAUUAAACUAGAUGUCGAGGACGACGACGACGAUUAUGAGGCCGUCCAGGAUCCUAAAGUUGACAGAAGUCGAUCCUGUCCUUACCUCGAUACAAUCAACAGAUCUGUUCUGGACUUUGAUUUUGAGAAGCUCUGCUCUGUGUCAUUGUCACAUAUCAAUGUGUAUGCAUGUUUGGUGUGUGGGAAGUACUUUCAAGGUCGAGGUAAACUCUCUCAUGCGUACACCCACAGUGUCCUGGAAAGUCAUCAUGUAUUUUUGAAUUUAUUGACCCAGAAAUUUUAUUGCCUGCCAGACAACUAUCAAAUCAUUGACUCGUCUCUAGAUGACAUUAUCUAUGUGUUAAAUCCCACGUUUCGUGAUGAACACAUUGCAUCUCUAGAUUGUAGCAGCAAACUAUCAAGAGCUUAUGAUGGAAUGACGUACCUACCAGGUAUUGUUGGAUUGAACAACAUUAAAGAGAAUGACUACUGUAACGUGAUCUUACAGGCAUUGUCACAUGUGACACCACUUAGAAAUUUCUUUUUACAAGAAGAAAGCUACAAAAAAAUCAAGAGGCCACCGGGGGACCAGAUGUGUUUUGUUGUUCAGAGAUUUGGAGAACUCCUCCGGAAGCUGUGGAAUCCAAGAAAUUUCAAAGCUCAUGUCAGCCCACAUGAAAUGUUACAAGCAGUCGUCCUUUGCAGUAAAAAGAAAUUUCAAAUCACAGAGCAAGGUGAUGCGCUGGACUUCAUGUCAUGGUUUUUGAAUGCUCUUCAUCUAGCAAUGAAUGGAACCAGAAAACUAAACAGCACCAUUAUCAACAAAACUUUCAGAGGGAAAAUGAAAGUGUACACAAGAAAAGUCUUGCCCAUUGAUUUGAAAGAUGAAGACAAAGAGAAGCUGCUCUUGACAGAUGAAUUCAGAGAACACAUGGAGGAGAUCCCCUGGUUGUAUUUGACCUGUGACCUUCCCCCUCCUCCUCUGUACCCAGAUGAACUACAGGAGAAUAUCAUUCCUCAGAUUCCAUUUGCUACACUUCUGACAAAGUUUAAUGGUGUCUCAGAGAAGGAGUAUAAAACUCACAAAGACUCUCAGCUGAAGAGAUUCCAGAUCACCAGAUUACCUAACUUUGUCAUCAUUUUCAUCAAGAGAUUCACCAAGAAUUACUUCAUUAAAGAAAAAAAUCCUACCAUUGUCAACUUUCCCAUCAAAAACAUUGAUUUUGGAGAUUUGUUGGCGCCAGAACACCGAGUUUUACACAAAAACACAACAUAUGAUCUGAUGGCCAAUGUUGUACAUGACGGUGAACCAGAGCACGGAAAGGGAACAUACAGAGUCCACGUCCUACACAAGGGUACACAGAAAUGGUAUGAGAUGCAAGAUCUUCAUGUGAUAGACAUCCUGCCUCAGAUGAUUCCCCUAUCAGAAAGCUACAUUCAGAUAUUUGAAUUGAGGAAAGAUAUCCCAAAUCCUGUGUUCGGCAAGAACCCCGAGGAAUUGACCACACAGCAGACAGACGCCAUGGAACUAGACAAGUGACCACUGGACAAAUGACCGCAUCCCGAAAUCACAACAGAACGAGACUGGACUCCGAGAUGUGAGGGGACAGUGUUAAAUAGACCUUUAGACAUGUGUAAAACAUUGUAAUGUAUUGUAUCAUCUACAAUUAAAACACAUGGGCGUAUUACAAUCCGAGUUUUAUUGCCGGGGUCAUUCAA